UUAUGAGGUAAAACUGUCAACCAUAUCCAAAGUGCAGGACCAAAGAGAAAUAAUGUAUGCUUUCGUUAGGUUCUUGGAAGACGAUAUGUGCUACGCCUUGCCCGUUUCAAAUGUGAAAGAUUUCAGACCUCUGCACAAAACAGAUUUUGAUCAUCAGAAGGUGUAUUUGGUUGACAGAACUGAAGAGAAUGGCUGCGCAGGCCAGCCGUGCAAAGCACAGAUACUUGCCCUUGCAGUAACCAUAGAGGAAUUUGAAAACAGUAUAAUGCAAAAGAAGAUGAAAAUUCCCAAGAUGUCAACGAGGAACUCUGUAGAAAACCACUUUGGAGAGGAACGACAGCCUCUGAGGCAUAAAAAGGCCCAGUCUCAGGACCAGGGCCGGCCCACCUCCACCUCCUCCAGGAGCCUGGCAGCGGUGGUGGCUCGCCUGGAGAGGAACGCAGCCAGCUCCUGCCUGGAGGGAGACGAGGAACUGGAGGAGGAUAGGCUGGCAGAAGAGGAGGAGGACGGGGAGGAGGAGGAGGACGAGGAGGAGAUGGAGGAGAGGACCUGUGGGGCCGGGGAGCUGGGCGGCGGGGGGGAGGUGGCCGUGGUGCCCCGGGUCCUGUACGAGGAGCUGGUCCACAGCUACAGGCAGCAGGAGGAGGAGAUGAGGAGGCUCCAACAGGAGCUGGAGAGGACUCGCAGGCAGCUGGUGCAGCAGGCCAAGAAGCUGAAGGAGUACGGGAGUCUGUUGACAGAGGUCAAGGAGCUGAGGGACUUCAACAGGAGGCUACAGGACGUGCUCCUCAUGAGGCUGGGCAGCGAGCCCAUGCAUGACAACGGCACCCAGACCAUCAAGGCGGAGGUGGUGGAGCCCCUGGUGGAGGCCCAGGAGGUGUGUAGAGAGGAGGCCAACACCAGCUCCACUCACUCCCCCUCCCCCAGGACUGUGUACACCUUCAACGACGGCAAGGUGCACCUAGGCGGAGGGAUCUGGGUGGAAGAGGAGAAAUGGCACCAGCUCCAGAGAACCCAGGGAGACUCUAAGUUCACCAAGAACCUGGCGGUGAUGAUCUGGGGCACGGAGACCCUGAAGAACCGCAGCGUCACCGGGGUGGCCACCAAGAAGAAGAAGGACGCCCUGCCAAAGCCGCCCCUCUCUCCCAGCAAGCUCAAAAUAGUCCGAGAGUGUCUCUACGACCGUGUCUCUCAGGAGACGGCCGACAGCGCAGAGAUCACCCAGCGCUUGUCCAAGGUCAACAAGUACAUCUGCGAGAAGAUCAUGGACAUCAACAAGUCCAUCAAGAACGAGGAGAGGCGGGAGUCCAAGCUACUGAUCCGUCAGACAGUGAAGAUGGAGAACUACAGCUACGACACCAUGUAGUCCUGACCCCUCCCCCAUCCCUGUAGCUCCGCCUCAUCCACAGCGCCCGAGGAAUGGGGGAGGAAGAGGAGGAGGGAGAGUGGUGGUGGUGGUGUGACCUGCUGUGCCAUUGCAAGAGCAGCCCGACCAAUGUCUAUGGGCCCUCCCCUUUCCUCCACAUGCUAUUGGCCCUUCUGGCUGACAAGACAGCUUUACCUACCAAUCCGUGUGGUCAGGGGUGGAGUGUAUUAGUGUGGUCGUAUAGUUUUUUGU